GGGCGGAGGAGGCUCCCAAUAGCUAAAAGGAUAUGUUUGCAUGCAGCAAUGGCCUUCAACAAGAAAUAUGCCGGCCUUCCUGAUCUGGAUCUGGCUCCAGAUAUCUAUGAGACUCCUGAACUUACUGACGGAUCUACUCUGGCUACUGCCACAGUUCGCUCCCCGUCCCCUUUCCAAGAUGAAUCAUCUAAUCCGGAAAUCGACCGCCAACGGCUUCAGCCAGACCUGGCCCGAUCGCACUUCCUCUCAUCCCAUUUGGAUGCUCGCGGUGUGGACUUCUCAGAUAGCAUUGCCUCCAAAAGGAAGUCAUACAAGGCCCUGAGCCAUCGGAGACAGAGGAGGGAAGAUGGAACCGAAGUACUAGGAGAUGUCAGCGACGAAGAGGAUGAGUCUCUGGAACGAAAAUUGGCCAGGCUCCGCAGAGAGGCGGAUGAGUUAAAAGAAGAAUUGACUACUCGAAAGGCCUCCCACCGUGAUACGCAAGCCGCUGGUGCCGGAGAUUCAGUUGACGGUGACCAAGACUCCCUGGACAGUGGCGUGUUGGAGCUAAGUCGGGCGCUGGACAGCCUCCAUGCCUACUCAAGAAGCGGUUCGGUACAUUUUACUGCGGAGGAGAUACUCUCACAAAAACUAGGAGGAAGCAUCCCUCCCACCGUACACGCCGCGAAACAACGAAAUGAAAUGUUACAUGGACCCCAAUCCAACGUUCCCGCUGGCCUCCUCUCUAAUGCUGCCGCCUUCGAUGCCCGCCUUGCCCUACUUGAAGCAGCCUUAGGCAUCCCUAACACUCCAAUUCCUCACGCUUCGGACGACAACGCGGGACCGCAACCCAUUCUACCCACUCUCAACCAUCUCACACUCCAACUCUCCACCCUCUCUAGCACUCUAACCGGCCCCUCUGCCUCAAUCCCGGUGGGCCAGUCCCAGUCCCAAUCCCAAUCCACCGUAACUACCUCUCACAUCGAAGCUCUCACAACUCGCAUCCGCAAACUAACUGCUGAUGCCGACGCCCUCUCCUCCGCGCGCCGCCGCGCGACUGAAGCAGCCCGUGCCGUUAUCGCCGCGCGCAUCGCUGCCGCAGCCUCCGACGACGACCCAGCCGGAACCGGCACCACCGCUGCCACAACAAACAAGCCAACAGCCGACCACGCCCCUUCCCACUCCUCGCUCUCCGUCACCGAGACCGACUCCGCGGCCAGCGAGCAAACUGCAAAGAUCCAUGCCCUCUACACAACCCUACCAACCAUAAAUUCGCUCCACCCCCUUCUCCCUAGCGUGCUGGAGCGUCUGCGCUCGCUGCGUGCAAUCCAUGCGGGCGCGGCGCGGGCGGCGGAGGACCUCGAUGCCUUGGAGGAGCGGCAGGCGGAGAUGAAGAGCGAGAUUGAGCAGUGGAGGGACGGGUUGAAGGCUGUUGAAGGGAAGGUAAGGGACUGCGAGGUUGCGAUGAAGGGGAAUAUGGAUAUUGUGGGGCCGUGGGUGAAAGGACUGGAGGGGAGGUUGGAGGCGUUGGGGGGUUAG